CGGGAGCGGAUCGACCGCGAGCGGCUCCAGAGGCACCGGGACCCCGCAGGGGCCUGGAGGAGGGAGUGGGACGCCCAGAAACCCGAAAAUAUGUUCUCGGGGGUCCCGGAGGAGCCCGAAGGGGGCGGAGCCUCGCCGGGCCCCGCCCCGCCCCCCCCCACCCUGGGCGAGUUCCUGCCCCUCCCCCACCCCCGCCCCGCGCGCCGCAGGCGGGGCCGCGCCAGGGGGGAGGGGCGGCCCUACAGUUUCCACGACGAUCGCUGGGAGCCGCAGCCGGAGGCGCCCCCGGAGCCCCAGAGCCCCCAGGUCCCUGAGAAGGUUCCGGAAGGCGGCGCCGCCCCGGGGGGGGUCCCGGGGGGGGUCCCGGGGGGGGUCCCCGGCUCCCAGGAGGACUCGGACCAGUGGGAGGACCUGAGCGGGGACGGGGACGAGGACGAGGAGGAGGAGGAGGAGGAGGAGGAGGAGGAAGGGCCCGGCUCCAACCAGUCCAGACCAGUGACCCCCAGCGACCCCCCCGUCUCUCCCCCAGGACCGCCCCCCCCCCGCCCCUCCCCCACCCCAGGGGGGGGUCCCGGAGCCGCCCCUCCCCCCCCCGAGCCCCUGCCGGAGCCCCCCGGAGACCCCGGAGCGCAGCGGGACCCCCCCCGACGGGCCGGGGGUGGAGAUCUCGGAUUUCCAGAGGGUGUCCCCACCCCCACCAUGUCCACGCCGCCGUCCCCGUCCUACCCUUGGGACGACACCUGGAACGACAUCUGGAGCGACACCUGGAACGACACCUGGAACGACCUCUUCGAGGACCCACCCGUCCCGCUGGGUCACCGCCUGACGCUGUCCCUCUACGCCGCCAUCUUCCUGCUGGGCGUGCCGGGCAACGCGGCCGUGCUCUGGGUGACGGCGGCCGAGCUGCGCCGCGCCGUCAACGGCGUCUGGUUCUCCCACCUGGCCGUGGCCGACCUGCUCAGCUGCCUGGCGCUGCCCUUCCUGGCGCUGCCGCUGACCACCGACCACCACUGGCCGCUGGGCCACGCCGCCUGCAAGCUGCUGCCCUCGCUGACCGUGCUGGCCAUGUUCUCCAGCGUCCUGCUGCUGACGGCCAUCAGCGCCGACCGCUGCGCGCUGGUCACCCGCCCGGUGUGGUGCCACAACCACCGCACGCCGGCCUUGGCCGCCGGCGUCUGCGCCGGCGCCUGGGCGGCGGCCGCGCUGCUGACGGUGCCGUCCUUCGUCUUCCGCGCCGUGCGGCUCGACCCCUUCUCGGACAAGGCCACCUGCGUGCUGUCCUACGACGCCGUGCGGCGGCACCGGCGCGGCGCCGAGCUGGCGGUGGCCGUGGUGAGGUUCCUCUGCGGGUUCUUGGGGCCCUUCGUGGUCAUCUCGGCGUGUUACGGCCGCCUCUUGAGCCGCGUCCGGCGGCGGGGUUUGGGGAGGUCGCAGAGGGCCACCAGGACGGUGCUGGUGGUCAUCGUCAGCUUCUUCGUCUGUUGGUUGCCCUACCACGUGGUGGGGCUGGUGCUGGCGGCCGGCACGCCCGGCACGGCCGCCUUCCACAGCGCCCAGGCCGCCGACCCCGUGGUGGCCGGGCUGGCCUACGUCAACGGGUGCGUCAACCCCAUCAUCUACCUGGUGAUGGGGCGGGGCCUGGGCAAGGUGAGGCGCUCCUGGAGGGCGCUGCUCAAGGGGGUGCUCAGCGAUGAGGUCACCACCACGAGCGGGGACGGGCGGGGGCGCUGCACGGCCACCAUGGAGGAGGGCCUGGAGGGGACGGUGGUGUGAGGGGUGGGGGUCGUG